AUGUCAUCAGAAUCUUUGAAGUUCAUUGUGGAAAACUUAAAUUCGCCACCGUUCGAUUGUAAUACGUCUCUGAUCGCCUUCGACACCUGGCCACCAAAUGUACUGCUACAACAGCUCAGCGAUGUCAUCAGUUGGAUCACUCAAACAGCUAAUAUUGAUAUAUCGAAAGAAACUCCAGACGAAACUGCUCUUCGUAUUCUUUACAACUUGAAAAUUCUUCGAUUCAAACCCCCUUCCGAUAUAGAACAGCUGGACGAGUGGAGAGCAGGACUGGUGGAAGGAGCGAAAAAGUCCGUCUAUCCCGUUCUUCUCUAUCUAUUCUCCAAUGUAGAUAUGCUUAAACAAAGAGCAUACCUAGCCAAAUAUCUCAUACAGGACGAGAUUCCCAGCAGUUUGAUGGACAAUGAAGUGGCUCAAUUGCGAAACGAACUAGCUCAGUACAUGGAGAGGUUCAAAGAGGUGCAUGCAAAUGUUCUUGACGUCCAGCAAGACACUAUGUUGAUCGAAGACAUAAAAGCUGAUCUCAAAUCAAUGGAAUCGGAAAAGGAGGGUUUGACGAGGAAAAUCGAAAGAACUUUCAAGAAAAUACAGAAUCUACCUUCGCUAGAGAGGCAAAUGGCUGCAGCUGAUCAGCUCAGCCUGCAUAAGGAACGUCUUGAACAAAUGGACAUUCAGCGCUCUGAACAGCGUGAUGGGGUAAUCCAUGCCGAAAAGCGGGUUCAACGUCUCAAAGAUCAGCUCAAGGAAUUACGGGAAGCAGCCGAAGAUAUCGAUCCGUCAGGUCUUAUCGAUCAAUUGAAGGACGAAAUUGCGACGAAUUCAUAUCUAUACGAAACCAAACUCGCGAAAGAAAUCGAACAGAAACGUCAAGUGGUCAGCGAACUCGUGAAUGCCACCAAUAUAACGGCCACUAGUGAUUUCGAUAUUAAUGCCCUACAAGCAGAGGUAGACGAAAAAACAAAUAGUAUCAUGGCUUUGGAACAGGAAAGGGAUAAAGGUGAAGAGCAAGUCAAUGAGAACUUCAGCAUUUUCCGUCAUCAAGCAGCAAAUGUUGAACGACGAAAGAACGCACUUGCUCAGAAACUUCAAGAUGCCAGGAAAGAGCUCAGCGGCUUGGAACAACACGUUGAGCAGAAGAAACAGGUCCUUCGCAGUACCAGUGGUGCGGAUGUUAUGAGUGCUCACCAAUUCAAAGCAUAUGUGAUUAAAGUACGUGACAAGAAAGUGGUCUACAAGAAGAAAAAGGCGCAGAUUGAGGAGAUCCUGACGGAACGUGAAGUCUUGCUGAGAACCAUUGACCUACUUGCAAAGAAAUUCGAAGGGCUCAAGGAAAAAAUUGAAAGCAUGGACGGGAAAGUAGUGGACCCAGAAGAUGCGCCAUUACCGGCACGACCUCGAACAGCAGCUCCUACGUCGUCAGACGUGGAGGAAUUGAAGACACUGGUGGUGGGUCUGAUGCAGACGCUCGACAAGCGCAGCGAUCAGCUUGCCCCUCUGAAGAAGGUCCACGCAGAACAAGAAGAAGCUCUGAAUGAGCUUACCGAGCAUGUCCGCAACAAACAAAACGAUUACGAGCGACGACGAGCACAAAUGGAAGAGAGCUAUGAGGAACAGAAGCAGUUGGUGGAAGAGAUGCAACAAGAAGAAACUGCCACCAAUGAAGCGAUUCAAUCGCUUGAAAACCAGAUUGCCGAGGUUCAAAGUCAACUUUCGACAAUCGAAGGCGAAGAUGCUAAUGGUGGUGUCGCUCGGCUAAAGGCUCAAAUAGAAGAAACGCAACGACAGAUCGACCAGCUCAAUCAGCGAACCGGUGGCAGCACGGAUUUAGCCAUAGCCCGAAAUCGAAUGGCAAUGUGGCGUGGACUUCUGACCAUGUUCGAAACAAAACUUGCAAUUGCUAGCGACAAAGUAAAACAGUUGUAA